AUGGCCGACGAAGUUCAGGCGCUCACCAAGGCCUUCUCAGGUCUGGGAGGCCUGGGCGUGGACGAGCCGACGAUGGUGGCGGCGCUGGCGAACUGGCGGAGGCAGCCGGAGAAGCGGUCCGGGUUCCGGAGGAGCUUCCCGGGGCUGUUCAAGGAGCAGGGCGUGAUCGAGCGGUGCGAGGACGAGUACAUGCUGCGCCUGGCCGCCGAGUUCUCCCGCUUCAAGAACCUCAUGGUGCUGUGGGCGAUGCACCCGUGGGAGCGCGACGCCCGCCUCGCGCACCACGUCCUCCACCAGGCCCACCCGGCCGCCAUCCUCGUGGAGGUCGCCUGCACCCGCUCCGCCGAGGAGCUCCUCGGCGCGCGCAAGGCCUACAUGGCGCUCUUCCACCACUCCCUCGAGGAGGACGUCGCCUACCGCGCCAAGGACAAGCCCUACUGCAGCCUGCUGGUGGGGCUGGUGAGCGCGUACCGGUACGAAGGGCCCAAGGUGAGCGACGACACAGCCAAGGCGGAGGCCAAGGCGCUGGGCGCGGCGGUGAAGGGCGCCGCCGGCGGCAGGCUGGUGGAGAACGAGGAGGUGGUCAGGAUCCUCACCACCAGGAGCAAGCCGCACCUCGUCCAGACCUUCAAGUACUACAAGGAGCUGCACGGCAAGCACAUCCAGGAGGAUCUGGGAAGCGAGGAGGCUCUGAGGGAGGCCGUGCGGUGCCUGGCGACGCCGGAGAGGUACUUCAGCCAGGUGAUGGCGGCGGCGCUGAGGGAGGGCGCGGACCACCACGGCAAGGAGGCCCUGGCGCGGGUGGCGGUGACGCGGUCGGACGUGGACAUGGACGCCAUCCGGGCGGCCUACCAGGAGCAGUUCGGGGCCAAGCUCGAGGACGCCGUCGCCGGCAGCGCGCACGGCCACUUCAAGGACGCGAUCGUCUCCCUCAUCGUCGGCAAGUAA